AGUUCCCUUCACCCACCCCAGCAAGAGAUGCAGAAAUACACUUCGCUGCCACCCCCAUCUGGGCCCUUGGCCUCAUACACUGCCCUGGGUGCAGUCCAGCAGGCCAGCACGUCCGGACUCCCGAGCAAAAGAGGGACUGGGUGCCAUGCCUCCUCCAAAGCCCACCGGAAGCCCAGCAUAUCCAAGGUGAUCCUGGGGGUCAUGGCGAACAAGGGGGCGCGCAACCGCGUGUCCCUGGCUACCCUGAGGAAGGCCGUUGCCACCAGUGGCUACAACAUGACCCGAAGCGCCUGGCGCUUCAAGCGAGCGCUCAAGGGGCUGGUGGACAAGGGCGUGCUCAAGCAGGUGACAGGCAACGGGGCCACAGGCUCCAUCUUAAUGGGCAAGAAGCAUGCCUCCAAGUUCAAGCUCAAGGCAAAGAGACGGCAACAGCAGCAGCAGCGGCAGUCUGGGCAGCGCCGGCCUGGGCAGCGCCGGCCUGGGCAGCGCCGGCCUGGGCAGCACCGGUUGCCCAUGGGCUCCAAGCAGGGGCACAAGAGGCUCGCCAAGGGGGUUCGCAGGGCGGCCAAAUGCUGCCGCAGUUAA